AUGGCGUCCCAAUACCAACCCACCACGACCGACAAACUCCUCCUCAUCCCGGUAGCAGCCGCUUCAAUCGGGUCUGCUAUUCUUCGCCUCCUAACCCGCUCAUUCACCGGCGGAGCCAAAGCCAACACCGCCUUCAAAGACGUGAUCUUCGCGGCCCUCCGGACCAACCUCUCCAACAUCAGCGAGGGCGCCGAGCAAUGGAUGAACAGCACCACCGAAGCGGAAUAUCUUACGCUGGCCAAGAAGCAAGGCUUCCAGCCCGAUACUGAUGUCCUCGGUAGCAGUCUGAAGGUCCACUGGAUUGGUGGGAAGGCUGCAAGUAAAGUUUUGCUGUACUUCCAUGGAGGUGGGUAUGUGUUGGCUGCUUCCGCCGGACACAUGCAGUGGUUGUAUGAACUGCAGCAGGAGUUGUCCAAGACGCAGGAAAUUAGUAUCGUUGUGCUAUCGUAUACGCUGGCUCCGCAUGGGCAGUACCCGACCCAGCUAAAGGAAGCUGCUGAGUCGUUGGAGUGGCUGCUUGAGACGCAGAAGAAGCAGCCAGGAGAUAUCUUCGUUUCAGGAGACUCAGCAGGAGGUAACAUGGCCCUGAUGUUGCUUUCCCACCUCCUCCAUCCUCACCCAGCCGUCACGAGCAAGAUCAACCUUACCUCGCCACUCGCGGGCGCUGUUUUGAUUUCGCCUUGGACAAAGUUCGCCACCGACGACGACAGUGUCAGACGUAACCAGAGCAGUGAUAUGGUUACUCCGGCUGCUGCAAACCGCUGGUCCUCCCUCUUCCUUGGCUCUAGCAAGAUCGAUAACUACAACCAGACUAUCCUCGUCAAUCCUGAGUGGUUCAAGGGCCUUGACAGCAAGGUCAAAGACAUCUUGGUCUGGGGCGGUGGCGGCGAAGUGCUGAUUGACAGUAUUGAGGCAUCGACCAAGAAGCUCCAGCAGGCACAUCCGCGGGUGGAGUACGUGGUGCAGCCAGGCGCAGCGCAUGAGGACUUCAUCAUCGACAAGCUGCUCGGGUACAAGGAGAAGGGUGAGGGUACUGUGGUGGUGGAGAGUUGGAUGAAGACGCGGCUCUGA